GAGAGUCCCCUCCAAAACUAUUGGAACGGCAAGGCGAAUUCACGUGUUUCUGCUGUAGACUGAAGACAUCUGGGUUCGAGAUCAGAAGAGGAAUAUGAGACGAGAGUUUCGAAUUUCAACUUUUAUUUCCACCCAAUAUAUGUAGCUGAGCAAAAAUACUGGGACAUGUGACUAACGGGGGUUUCUUAUUACCCAGGCGUGUCCUGUUCGGCCGAUUGUUUAAACAAUAAACAGCUCUGAACAUCUACUCUUGCUUUUAGCCUUCAGUUUCACCUGAAAAUAGUGAUCAUGAGCUUUAAAGGAGCACUGUAAAAAAAAAUAAACAUAAAGGCGCCAUAAAAACUAUACUUUCCACUGUCCCGCUGGUCAUUCGGAUUGGUUCUGCUCUACUGUUCGGAUAUAUAUAUAGAGAGAGAGAGAGUAACUCUGAACCAUAAUAAACCGUCUAAUCUAACUGGUCUAAUCUUACCUGUAGUUAUACUGAUCCGAAAUAUAAAGGUCUUGCAUUGUAUAUGUCAAUAAUGUAUAUAUAAAUAUUUGGGCCUUUAUUACAUAGAGCACUAAAAAGGACCGUUAUAUUUGUGACAUCACCCCCACCAAAAGUUUUGGUCCCCUCCCAAUUCUCAGGAUGUGAUUAUAGCCUUGGUUUUCGUGCUCAUUUUUCAAAGAAAGAUGCAAUAGUGCAAAAGUCAUCAGUAAAGUAGCAAUAACUCAGCGUUUGUGGGUUUACGCUAACCGAAACGUCAGCGCUCGCUGACCGACUGACGCCAGACGCGACUGCGAGUGGGAGGAGCCUUACUUCACACGUAAUAACCUCCCGAGCACGUAAAAAAAAACGGGCAAAAAUCCAAUUCAAGCAGCUGCGACGAGAAGGAAAAAUGUCAACUCUUCUUCAUCUUGGAGUUUUGCUUCUGAUUUUAGGAGCUGUGCAGUGUAAGGAGCGGAUCCCCGGCGACGACGGCCUCGCGCAGAGAGCAGGCGAGCCACUGUCUCCCUGUUCAAUUUGCGAAAAAAUCCUGAAGAAAAUCUUUACCUCUAUUGGGAAUGAACUCUCAAAGGACAACAUCGAUAGGGCUCUUAACAAAGUGUGUGAGAAAUCGCCAGGCCCGAUAAAAAAAGUUUGCAUGAGUUUUAUUAAAAAAUACAAAGCUAAGCUGGUUAACAUCCUCAAGUCUGCACGGAACCCCCACGAAGCCUGCAGACGUCUCAACCUGUGCAAAAAGGCUCCACGUGUCAGUUUUGUUUCCGUGAAAAAAUUCUAGAUGUUUCCGUCCUUUGUGCUUUUUCCAUGCAUUUAUCAUUUUUUUUCUUUGCUUGUUUUUUUUUUUUUUUUUUGUGCUUUCCCCCCCCCCAAAAUGUCCAAACAUUUAGCCUAAUGUUAAAUCUAAUAAAUCAGCAUAAAAGCACCAAAAAAAAAGAAAAAAAGAAAAAAGAUGGCGACGUUAUUUUAAAAAUAUUAUGUAUAAUGAAUUGAUUUCCCAAAUCUACAGUAUAUUUCUAUUCAUGUAUGACACAAAAUGAAGAUCUGGAUUUGUAUGGUUGAUGUACAUGAUUAAAAACUUUUCUUUUUUUUUUUUCUUUUUUUUGAGGUACAUUUUUGCAUUUUACUAAAAAGUUGUGCAUUUGUACUAAAAAAAAAAAAAAAAAAUUUAUUUUUUUUGACCUGAAUAAAUCUCGUUUAUUAACUACCGUUCGCUUCUUCAGUAGAUUUUUAUUUCUUAAAUAAUUGAAUGUAUCCCUCAACUCUACCCUUGUAUUUGUAUUAAUAUAUGAAUAAAGUAUUAUUGGCAGUAAGA